CUCUCGGCUGACUCAAACCACUCUGAACACCUUCCUUCUGUGAGGACACACUGAAAAAUUGGACCACAUGGACUCCAGUUCUCUGAAGGUUCCUACCCUGGGAAGACCCUUUUCCUUGGGGAUGCUGUAUAACGCUCACACAGAUGAGCUGAUAACAGGAAUUUCACUGUGGGAAAGUACCAUUCUGGAGAAUAAAACAAAGACAAAGAAUAACCACAACAGUUCUUUCCAAGUAACAUCCUCUGAUUCUAUUCAAGAAAAGUCCUCUCUCUUGGAUCUUGGAGCUUCUUUUAAAGCUAGUUUCUUGAGUGGUCUGAUUGAAGUCGGUGGCUCUGCCAAGUAUCUGAACGACAAGAAGAAAUUCAAAAAUCAGAGCAGAGUGACCCUCCAAUACAAGGCCACUUCUUACUUCUCUCGUCUGUCCAUGACACAUAGUGAAGCGCAGAGUGCAGCCAGGCUCAGUGAUGAAGUGAAGAGCAUGGCAACACAUGUGGUGACAGGCAUUCAGUAUGGUGCAAACGCUUUCUUUGUCUUUGACAGUGAGAAGUUAGAGUCCACUCAAGUUGAGGACUUCCAGGGAACCUUGGAGGGUGCAAUAAAUAAGAUCCCCAAAUUAAAUGCUGAAGCUAACAUCUCAAUGUCACUGAGUGACAAAGAAAACUCUGUCCUCAAGAGAAUCUCCUGCAAAUUCUAUGGGGACCGGUGGAUGUCUGACAAAGAAGCAGAAGUAACUGCCUUGAACAUCUGCCUCAAAUCAAUGGAGGGCGUUAAAAUGGUUUCCAAUGAGUCCCAGCUGAAAACAGAAAUAUUUGCUCAAGGUGUGGUUCAUGCUCUGUGCUUCACUUUCACCUCUCUGGAGGAUGAUGACCCAUACAUUGAUCAGAUGGAGAGGUCCCUUCACUCACAUGACCUGAAAAGCCUUCAGAAUAUCUAUGAGCCUAAACACGACCAGUGGUACCGUUCAAAUGCAAUGAUACAAGAACUCCGUGGAAAAGCCCAAGAAUUCCAAAACAUGGCCAAAGGCCUGAAAGCCAACAGCAAAUUCAUUUUCCUAGUAGCUGCAGCAAACAAUACCAAAUACCAAGGAGCAAGCAUCUACUAUUACAAGGAAGGGUGUCUGGUCUCAGAGGAUUUUUCAAAGCCAGGCGUCCCUCCAGUGGAGAAUAUAACAAGCAAAGAAGAUCUGAUUUGGUAUGCCUGUGAUCUGACGCUGAACCCAAAUACAGCAAAUAAUUAUCUCAUUCUUUCAGAUGAGAACAAAAAAGCAACAUGUACAUCAACAUGGCAGUACUAUGACAGUCACCCAGAGAGGUUUGAGAAGCCUAAAGUGCUGUGUAACGAAGUGUUGUGUGGGCGCUCUUAUUGGGAGGUGGAGUGGAGUGAAGAUCUAAACGUUGGUAUAGGUGUUGCAUACAAAUCACUUGAAAGAUAUACGAGCCUUGGGAGUUCUGACAAGUCUUGGUAUUUUGGCAGAGGGCAGGGCUUUGAGGCAUGGAACAAUGACCAGGUAUGGGUCGGUAAACUAAUUCCUGUUGGAUGCAAUAAAAUUGGAGUGUACCUGGAUUUUCAAGAUGGGACUCUGUCUUUCUACAUGGUGUCAGGUCAAAACUUAGAACACCUCUACACCUGCAAAACUUCAUUCAAUGACCAUGUCUAUCCAGGUUUUUACAUUUAUCCAGCCAAUGGGUACUGCAUGCUAACUCCUGUCCAGUAGUGCUGGACAGGAGUCCCAACUUAGCUCUGUGGCUUGUUCAAGGGGUUUUUCUGCUGUUGACUUAUAGUUAAGCCCAGAGUUAUGCGUAACACUGGUAGUUUAUGUUUUAAUAGCUUUUAAUUUAGUCAAGAACUGCAUGGUUGCUACACAUUAUUAUAUGUUUUAUGUGUUUUGAUUUUUGCUUACAGACUGCAUAGUCCAGGAGUAUAAAAAUAGAAAUUAGAAACACCAAAAAACUGUGGCUCAUUUAAUGUUUUUGUUGUUUUUAUAGGCAAAAGUGAAGCUUGAUUUACAUUAAUCUAUGGUGACAGU